ACAUCUGAAUAUGAAGCAAACUUGUAUUGGAUCAGGAUUGUUUCUGGAAGCUGGCCUGAAUUCUUGGGAGGAACAUUUACCUUUGAUUAUGACGGUGUUAACACCACUCCUCACAUUACAGCAAAGCAAGAACCUGGAACCUUUAUUCUGGAAAUAAGUCAAACUAGGCUAAGUGACACUGGUCUUUAUUACUGCAUAAAAGUGGACCAACUGGACAUGGACUUUUUAAAUGCAACAUUUUUAAAAAUUAAAGGGCCAGAGACGGCUAUCACUGACAUCAUUCAGGUGCCUCAAUUUGGUCCCCUCCAUCCGGGAAACCCAGUGACUCUGCAGUGUUCAGUCCUCUCUAACCCAGAGAACAGUGCAUGUCCUGGAAAUGACAGUGUGUUUUGGUUCAGCACUAGAUCUGAUAACUCUCACCCCAACUUGAUUUAUGCUGAUGGAAACAGUGAUAAAUGUGAGAGGAGUCCAGAGGUUUCCUCCACACAGAAAUGUGUCUACAGCUUCUCCAAGAAUGUCAGCUCCUCUGAUGCCGGGUCGUACUACUGCGCUGUGGCCACAUGUGGACAUAUAAUUUUUGGAAAUGGCAUAAAACUGGACGUUAAAGGACUCAACAUGUGGGACUUGCAAAUGGCGAAUACAGUUCUAUUUAUAUUAUGUGCUGCUUUGGCUACAAGUCUGAUCGUUAUAGCCUUCCUGAUUUAUACCAUCAAGAAGAAAACAUCCAGUUGUUGGUGUGAUGGCAUGCCAGGAAGUGGUGAUCAGCAGAGUCAGCAGACAGUUGAGAACCCAUUGAUUUACUCUGCACCAAACAUCACUACGAGGAAAAGCGGCAAAUUACCACAAAGGAGUGAAAAAGCAGCAGAGGGGGGUACAGUCUACACUGAUGUCAGUGCUUCUGCGAUCGAGUAA